UCCUGUUGAUUCAGAACCAUUUUCUGGCCAAAUUGCUAGUAUAAGUACAAUUCCUGAAGCUAGAAAAGAGCCAAUCAAUUCAUUUGUCAGUGUUUAUUCUUCCGGACGUUCUGAUGAAACUCCAUCAACAAAAUCAACAGAAUAUCCCAAAAUGGAAGCUCCCUCUACUGGUAAUACCCCAGAGACGAGACUUGGGGCUGAAUUAAAUUCUUUACCAAUAGAAGUUGAAAAGAAGCAUAUCGGGUUCUAUGAAAAAUCGCCUCCACCAUUAAAAAAGGAACCUCAACCUUCAAAAGUCAUAGAGGAUUAUUCGGAGCCAUUUACUGGAACAUUUUCUGAAAUUACCCGACACUUAGAGUUGACUGAAGCACCAAUAGAUAGCCAAGUUGCCGUUUACUCUUCUGGACGUUCUGAUGAAAUUCCAACAAAAAUAAUAAAAAUAUCAGAAUUUCCAAUUAAUGAAGAUCCAUUUAUUGGGAAUAUUUUUGAAGCAAAUAAAUUUGAAGAAAUUGAAGGAGUUCCUUUGGAAGUUGAAGAAAAACAUAUUGGUUACUAUGAAAGUUUGCCUUUUACAACAAGUGAAGAAGAGAAGAAGCCUGGAGCAUUAGAAAAGUUAACACAUCUUUUCAAGAGGGAAGAGUCAAAAGAUGCUUAUCCCCAUAUUACCGAUCCAUAUUCUGGACAUGUGUUUGAAUCUAUUCAUACCGAGUUUACUGAUUCACCUUUAGAGCACCAUGCUAGUGUUUAUUCUUCUGAGGAAACUCCAAAAGCACCAAAAAUAUUAAAAACAACAGAAUAUCCAAUAAAAGAAGAGCCUUAUCUUGGUUACAUUCCGGAUUCAAGACGUCAAAAUGAAUUGUAUGAGCUCCCUCUGGACCUAGAGAAAAGACAUGUUGGUUACUAUGAGAAUUUACCUUCUACAACAACAGAUGGAGAAGAAAAGAAGCCAGGAGCAUUUGAAAAGCUGACACACUUCUUUAAAGGAAGCACAAAAGAUGAAGAUUUCCCUAUUGAUAAAGAAGCUUAUACUGGACAUGUUUCAGUGACUGGCACAACAAAUGAAGCAACAAACGUGCCAAUCCGCUCUUUUGUUAAUAUUUAUUCUUCUGGAAUUUCUGACGAACAUUUAACAACAAUAACGGCAGAAUUCCCUAAAAUUGAAGCACCAUUUAUUGGCUAUAUUUCUGAAACUAAACGGCAGUCUGACUUGGAUCCAACUACUCUUGAUGUGGAAAUGAAGAAUAUUGGCUACUACGAACAUUUGCCUACUUCAAUAAUUGAAGAGAAACAUGGAAAACUAGAAAAAUUUACUCAAUUCUUCAAAGGAACCAAAAAUGUUGGAGAUUUUCCUUUGGAUUCAGAGCCAUAUUCUGGCCCGAUUGCUAGUACAAACACAAUGACUGAAUCUAAAAUGGAGCCAAUUAAUUUAUUAGUCAAUGUUUAUUCUUCUGGACGUUCUGAUGAAGUUCCUUUAUUAACAACAGAAACAACAGAAUAUCCUAAAAUUGAACAACUAUAUAUUGGACAUGUUUCAGAUGCUUUUAGACAAAAUGAAUUACUUUCAAUUCCUCUCAAAGUUGAAAGCAGACAUGUUGGUUAUUAUGAACACCUUCCUUUACGUCCCGAAGAAGAGUCAAAACAUCAUGGGGCACUCGAAAGUUUAACACAUUUUUUCAAAAGUGAACCAAAACAUGAAACUUACCCCAAAGAUAUGAGUGAGUGUUUUCACUAA